AUGAAAAAUAUUUAAAGUUUUAUUAACAAAUUAAUAGAUCUAUAAUUAUUUCAAGAGUCUUCUGAAAAUUAAAAUACUUUUUAAAUUUUAAAUAAAAUUCUUAAAAAUUUCUUUAUUAAGUAAAAUAAUAAUUAUUUAAUCUGUUGUAAGAGAUUGGUCAUCUUUCUUGACAUUAAAAUUUGUAUUAAAUAAUUUAAUUCGUUGUGCAAGAAACAAGAAAGAAUUGAAGAAAAAGAUACAUUUGAAAGAAUUAAUAACUAAAGUAUAGAGAGAUAGAAAAAUAGCUAUUUCAAUAAAUAAUUUUGA